AUGCUUGCAGAAUUACCACAGAUCAUUUUAACCCAACCUGAAAGUUGGAAAUUAGGUGCAAACUUAGCUCUAACUACUAAUCUUGGCAAUAUUGCGCCAUUUACACUUGUUCUUAUUAAAUUCUUUUAUCGAAAACACGAAUUUAAUUCUGUACCAAUUAAUUACGUUGUUAUAGAAUAUACAAAUACAAUUUUUCUUGGUGAAAGUUUUUCAUUUAUUCUACCGAGUCUAUUGACAAUAGCACAAGGUAAUGGUCGACUUCAUUGCAUCGAAGCGAUAAAUGGAACUAAUAAAACCGAAGCUAUUUAUCAACCUCCGCGAUUUUCUGUAUCAAUCUAUUUUCUAUGUUUAUUUCUUAUCUUAACUAUUUCGUUGAUUUCAUUCGUACUUCUACGAUGGACAACCAUCACUCGAAAUGCAUAUCAUACGGAAUCGGAAACAUCAUUAGAAAUAAUCGAUACAAUUUAUAGUCAACCAAAAUCUUUAACUACUCCAUCGUAUAUUCUUUUAUCAUUAUUAUGUUCUUAUAUAAGUUCAGUUGUGUUUGGAUUUCUUCUUGCAAUUUCUUCAUAUGCUCUAAUGCCUUAUGGGCAUAAGAUUUUUUAUUUAGGAACAAUUAUUUCACCAUGGAUGUUAACAAUCGUUUGGGCACUCGGUAUGAUAAAACCUGUUUUACGUCAGCGUUAUGUUUACAUUUUAAUUACAUUGGGUUCUAUUACAUUUGCAUUUUCAAUGUAUGUUGCACUGAAAAGUCCAUGUCCACCAUGGGUUGAUACAACUAAAGGUAGCGUUCUGAUUUUAUUCGUAUGGUUUAUUACAUAUAUAUUCUUGGGUUAUCCUCGUUUGGUAAUUGCAAACUAUGCACGCAGACAUUCACCCAAUGGAAUGUUUUGGUUUGGUGUUCAAGUUCAAUGUGGUUCCUUAAUGGGAUCGAUUGCUUCUUAUCUUAUGGUUGAAAAUUUUGCACUAUUUCAUGAACGAAGGCCAUGCGAACGUAUCGCUUGUUAA